AGCAGGCGGCAGUAAGAGACCAGGAAUAAAGAACCCAGACAACUGCAGGAAGUGUCAGUUUGUACUGUAAAUGUUUAACUCUGUGUUUGUGUUUGUCAGACUUUAGUUCUUCAGGAACCUCAUGCACGAUGAGUUCAGCUGGAGGAGGAGGGUCAGCGCUGCAGGUCCACGCAGUCCGGUUCAGUCCAGGUCAGGAGCUGCUGGGAUCUCUGCAGGCGUUCGUGGAGGAGAGACGCCUGCGAGCGCCGUUCAUCAUCACCUGCGUGGGCAGCGUCACCAAGGCAACGCUCCGGCUGGCAAACGCCACGGCAACAAACACAAACGAGGUGAUCCACCUCAGUGGGCGCUUUGAGAUCGUCUCCUUGGUCGGCACGCUGAACCCGGACGCCCACCUCCACAUCUGCCUGUCGGAUGCGACGGGCAGGACAGUCGGUGGUCACGUGCUGGGGGACCUGGAGGUGUUCACCACAGCCGAGGUGGUGGUCGGCGAGGCGGUCGACCUGCGGUUCACCAGAGAGAUGGACGAGGACACGGGUUUCCCUGAGCUUGUGGUUCAGGUGGAAAAGUCAGCCUGAUGUCAGUGACCACACCUGCCUCAUGGAGCCUGUUAGUUAAAGUGAUGGUUUGUUACCUUCUGUGGUUGUUUGAUCUUUAAAAAAAUGUCAGAGAGCUGAGGGAGUAAAAACAGAUUCACCAUAAA